AUGGCGCAAGUACUUGAUAUCGCAAUGAAGAUCCCGGAGAGGAUUCGCAACUUACGACAGGAGCAACUCUCUGGUCUGCGUCCCCUCGGCGAAUUCUUCGAUCACCAGCGCGUCUCUCGUCCACAAGACACCAACGAAGCUUUCCAACGCAUUACAUACAACACCCGUCACUUUUCCGGCAACUACGCAGUCAUCGUUGCACUUCUUACCGUCUACGGCAUGAUCAACGACACCUUGCUUCUCUUUGCCAUCAUCUUCUUGGUCUUUGGAUUCUGGGCUAUCAAUCGUUUCGCGCCAGAACCCAUGCAGGUGGGGGAGCACGUCAUUACGCAAAAGAGCCUUUACACUGGUCUUUUCGUCAUCGGCAUUCCUUUGCUCUGGUUCGCGAGUCCGUUUGGAUUCAUGUUCUGGCUCGUUGGAAGCUCGGCGUUCUUGAUCCUUGGUCACGCUGCUUUCAUCGAGCCACCCGUUUCGAGCGAGUACACUGGUGUCGAGGUAGGUAUCGCAACAACAAACUCUGAAAGCGACGGUGAUAGCGCACACAUGCUGACAUACGAUCUCUUUAAUUUGACCUUUCUCCGUUAA